UGCUAAAAAAACGGAAGAUUUAUUUGCGUCUACAUAAAUUGUAGAUAAAUUUGGCACAUUAUUUGCGUUGACCGCCAUAACUUAGGUAAAGUUACAUAUCAGUCCAGUAAUGGCGCAUGGCUGAUUUCAUCCAUAAACUUUAUGGGUUUAAAUUUAUUAUACCUUCUUAAGCAAUCUGUAAAAACAAAAUUGCUACUUUUUAAAUAAAACAUCAUUUUUAAAUAGUUGCUACUUUUUAAAUAAAACAUCGUACUAACGUAUUAUACAUCAUGUAUAUUUGCUUCGUAUGUAGAUCGGUAAUAAACGACAUAGAUCAAUUUAUUAAGCAUAUAAAAGGGCAUGAAAUUACUGGUUCAUUGAAACUCCCGUUUCGUUGUAUGCAAAUGCAAUGCAGUAGCACGUUUUCAACACUAUAUAAUUUAUGCAGACAUUUGAAAUCAUAUCACCUAAAUACUUUUGAAAGCAAUGUAAGUUGUCUUGUUGAAAACUUUACAGAAAGCACUGGUACUCUUGAAAGCAAUGGAAGUGGUUGUGUUGAAAACUUUACAGAAAUUAAUAAUAACUUUGAUUUCGAUAAUACAAUUAGUGAUGAAAACGAUUUGGAUGAAACUAUUGACAAUGACAAUUGUUUGGAUAUUACUAAUAAUAGUAUAAAUGAAUUGUACAAUCAACAACCAAGUAAUGAAGAAAACUAUGCAGUUGCUAUUGCAAUGGUUGCAGAACUCAGAGCUAAUAGUAGCAUACCAUUCUGUGUUGUGCCUGAUAUUAUUUCUUCAUUUAAUGUCAUGACCAACUGUUCUCUUUCAGAUUUAUCCAAAAAAAUAUGUUUAACCAUUCAGGAAACAAAAGGCAUUUCUAAAACAAGCAAACAAAUACUUCUCAAUAAAUUGAUGCCAAUUUUAGAUAAUGCUAGGUCUCCCUUAGAGUUCAUUAAAACAAGAUAUCAGCAAGAUUCUUUUUUUGAAAAACAUCAACUUUAUGUAAAACCUGAAUCUGUUUUAUUUGGGCAAAGGUUUGAGUGCCAUAAUAGUAAAGAUAGAUUGGUGUAUGAUUCCUUUCAAUAUGUUUCUGUUGAAGCCACCUUACGAUCAUUGUUGUUGGAUAAUGAUUUUUGUUCACUCCUUUUUAAAGUUCAUACACAAAGUUUUGAUUUAGCUGAGUUUUAUGAUGGUAAUUUGUAUGCAUCCCAUUCAUUAUUUGCUGAUAAGAAUAAAAAGUCUGUUAUGAUUCAGUUAUUUUACGAUGGCAUGGGAACAACAAAUCCACUACGUGGACAAUCUACUUUAUGCAACAUAGGAGUGUUCUAUUAUACUUUUAAAAACUUACCAAAUAAUUUAAAUUCAUGUUUUUCUAAUGUUCAUUUGUUGGCUUUGUGCUACUCUGAAGAUUUAAAAUAUUAUGGAUUUGAUCCUGUUUUAAAUAAAUUUAAAGCUGAGAUAACAAAACUUCAAAAUAUUGGUUUCAAUUGGGUAUUUCCAAUAUUAGGCGAGCAAACUAUUUAUGUUGGUUUAUGUCAAGUUGCGUGCGAUAAUUUAGCUUUAAAUGGAAUUUUUGGGUUUAUUGAAUGUUUUUCAGCAAAUUAUUUUUGCUCUAUGUGCUAUGCAAAACAAAGUGAAAUUCAGAAUUUAUUUACUGAAGAUAAAUUUAUUUUAAGAACUGUUAAGACACAUCAGCAGGAUGUUCAAAAUUUGAUGCAAAUGGAGAAUGCUGGAGUUAACCAUGUAAGAGGAGUUAAGAAAGAUUCUGUUUUAAAUAAAAUUCCAGACUUUCAUAUUACUAAUAACUUUGCAAUUGAUCCUAUGCAUACAAUUUUAGAAGGACUAAUUCCUAUUAACCUUGCAGCCAUUCUUACAAAAAUUUGUAAAGAAAAAAAGAUUUUUACUAUUGACAUAUUAAAUAAAAGAAUGUCGUAUAUCUUUAGUAUGGUAAGUACUGACAAACGAAAUAAACCUCCUGCAAUAUUCAAAAUUGAAGAAAAAAAAUUACAUCCUUCAAUGAAAGCAAUGCAAAUGUGGGCAUUUUUUCGUUUUUUACCACUAGCUGUUGGCGAUUUGGUAAAUGAAGAUGACAAACACUGGAGUUUUUUCAUUCAACUUUGUAAUUUAGUUGAUAUUUUAUUAGCUCCUAAGUUUACGUACGGCAUGAUUACAUUGCUUCGUGAUCUCAUUGAAGAACAUUUACAAUCUUUUAAGGAACUUUUUCCAGAUUUAAAACUGCGACCAAAGCAACAUUUUUUGGUUCAUUAUCCAACUAUUAUUUUUCAAAGUGGCCCUUUGAUAGGAAUGAGUUGCUUACGAUAUGAGCUUAAAAAUUCAUUUUUCAAACGAUCGGCUCAUAUUGUUUGUAAUUUUACAAACAUUUGCUAUACACUUGCUUACAGGCAUCAAUAUAUUUCUUUACUUGCUAAAUUGACUAAGCAACACAGUAGAGGAAUAUCUUUAGUAUCAAAGUCUAAUCGUGUUUGUGUUCAUUUAUUGCCAUUUGAGAAUGUGCUAUGUUUUAAAUAUAAUUUAAAAUCAGAUGACCAUGUCUUUGUUUCGUACAAAAUUCAUAUUGGUAGCAUAAAUAUUCGAAAAGAUCAUUAUCUAGUUAUGUCUAUAAAUAAAGAUGGUUUGCCUAUUUUUGGAAAAGUUGAGGCUUUUGUUAAUGUAGAAAAUUCACUGAUAUGGCUUGUUGUUGUUUCUUUAAUGGAGACUGUAGGAUUUGUUGACCAUCUUUUUUCUUAUGAAGUUAAAUGUUAUAGUGAUGAGCAUUUCAAAAUCUUAAGUUUUGAUACUUUACUUGACCAGCAUCCACUUUCUGGAUAUGUUAUCAGCUGCACAAGUUUAAACGAAAUUUUAAAUAAGAAAUUUAUUCGUAUGCUUUAUAAAUUGUUUUAGACCUAUUUAUUAAAUUGCUGUGUGCAUCAAUAGAUAACUUUUAUUUUAAAAAGUAUU